AUGGGUCUGAACAUGGCAAUAAACCUAAAUAUGCAUGAACUGUUGGUGAUGGGAGAUUCAGAUUUGCUUAUUCGGCAGGCUCAAGGUGAUUGGGAGACUCGAUACAUCAAGCUCAUUCCAUAUAGACAAUGUGUGGAGGAUCUUAGCAAAAGGUUCAAGUCCAUCAAGUUCAGGUACAUUCCUAGGUUUCACAAUGAAUUAGCUGAUGCCUUGGCCACCCUGGCCUCAAUGCUUCCAUAUCCGGGUAAUACUCACAUUGACCCAUUAGAAAUUCAAAUUCGGGAUCAACAUGGUUAUUGCAAUACAAUUGAAGCAGAACCAGAUGGUGAACCAUGGUACAAUGAUAUUAAACAGUUUCUGAAAACAAGAGAAUAUCCAGAACACGCUAAUAGGGAUCAAAAGAGAACUAUUAUGCGACUCUCUAAUGGUUUCUUUUUGAGUGAGGAAAUCCUAUACAAAAGAACUCCGGAUUUGAAUUUGUUGAGAUGUGUAGAUGCCAAAGAAGCUGAAAUGAUUAUGAAUGAGGUGCGUUCGAGAGUUUGUGGUCCACACAUGAAUGGAUAUGUUCUAGCAAAGAAAAUCCUUCGGGCAGGAUAUUAUUAG